UAAAAGAAAGAGAGAGAGCCUUUUCAUCUUUCUGGAAAUUACAGAAGAAUAGGAGACACAGCAUCAUGACACAAUGAGAGGGGAAGAGGGAGAGACAGAGAGAGAGAGCAGGAGAGAGUGAGAGAGAGAGAUAGAGAGGGAGUGAUAAAGAGAGUGAGAGAGAGAGAAGAAAGAGAGAGCGAUAGAGAGAGAGAGAGCGGUAGAGAGAGAAAAAGGGAGCAGAGGGAGGGGUAGAUAGAGACAAACAAGGGAAGUCGACAAAAAAAAUAUUUGGAGCUUCCCCUGCCCCCUCAACCAUCUCUGGGGAACAAGGGAAUACGGCAACGGUUCAAAGCCAGGGAGAGAGGGACCGAGAGAGAAAGAGAGAGAGAAAGAGGGAGGGAGAGACUGUUGAAUGCACUUGGCCGGUAUAUUCUAGGGUGAUCCAAAUCUUGCUUUAUCAGACUGUCUGAGAGAGAGAAGAAGACGAGACUGAGGAGGACAGAACAUGAGGGAGAGUCUUUCUCGGUCUGUUUUCAAAAUCGUUCCAUUAUUUUUUAGAGAAAGAGAAGAGAAAACAUAAGGGGGAGCUUUGGAGAGAGAAAAGCGAAAGAGGAUGGAGGGGGACAAGAGAAAGAGGGGAAUUAAUGAACUUAGAGACUUCUAAGGGCUGUGGAGAUGUUUUUCCUUUCUUAAGAAAAAAGACUUGUACCCAAAUAAGAGCAAAAAAUGUUUUAACAUCUAAACAUAGUUGAUUCUCUAAAUGCUGUUUUUCCACCCUGCAAGUGAGCACUGAAAAGCAUAUGCGUGAAGAAAUCUGAUGGACGCGACUGAGAUAGAUAGAGAAAGGCAAGGCAGAGAAUUCUGACAUGGUGUCGACCCAAAUUGACAGAGUGGGAAGAGGAAGGAGUUGGAUAUUCAGUGAUAGACGCAUCUACCACCAAACACAGGUACACUCUGAUCAAUAUUAAGAUCAGUCAAAAUAUCCAUCGUCAUCAUCACAGAUGAUCAUUAUCCUGAUACAUCCAUCGUUCAUCAGUCUUUAUUGAUUUGAGACCUCAGUGUGGAGUGUAGUAUUCUAUCAAAUUGCUGUUUAUUUAUAUUCUACUCUAUACAUUACAGCACCAUUUAUCAAAUCAUUGCAAGCUAUUGUUAUCAAAUUGAUCAUUUGAUUGUAAAGCUGGUGAUCUUUGCUCAUUUUGUUAUUAUAAAUGAUCACUAAUAACUGUCAUCGUAAGAAUAUUUAUGGGGCACAUGUAUGAAUUGCUGUUAUUGUAUGAAAAACAAAAUAUCCUUUCUCUUUACAUUAAUGGACAAUUAUUAUAUGCCUACAAAACAGUCCUUUCUUUCUUGACAGCAUAUCUGCUCCGUUUAAAGACAUUGAAAUAUCAGAAUAUACCAAAAUCAAAAUCUCUUUUGAAUAAUCUCUAAUACCAAUUACAACUAUAAAUGUUUGUAGUUAAAGUGUAAAUAAAUAAAUAUAUUUGCCUAUUACAGAUGUGCGCUAACAAUUAUAUUGUUCUUGAAAUAUGUGCCAUCAUGAUUUUUUUCUAAGCAACUGAAUAAUAAUAAUAAUAAGCCACAACACUGCAAACGUCUGCUAUAAUGACCACAAGCCAUACUGUCUCUCACCAAUAAUCAUUCCUCUCUUUACUUUACAUACAGUCCAGUGUGUCAGGUAGUCACUUACUAGCUGUGUCACUGUGAGCAAGGUGUGUGGAUAUUGUGCAAAGUGGAGGUUACUGGAAGGGGGAGGGGACAGACACAUAAAGGGCACAAAACCCCUGUCUAGAAUCAGAGGAGGCUGGGACAAGAGGAAAGAGCAUUACUCAGCUGUAGCUGUUCUCCAUGAACAACUGUGCCUGUCGACCGCUUUGCAAAUUGUAUGUGUGACAGAGAAGAAAAUAUUUUGCACAGACUCAUGAAAAGGAAAGAGGAACUCAAGCAGAAGGAGCAACCUAGAUAAGCAGAAAUAGAGAGACCUCAGCUGAUAGACUAGAGAGUGGAGCAGGGAUUUUUUCUUCCAACACAGUACUUCAGCUCCUCACCUGGACAAUUCGGGCUCUCAAUACAACGUAAGAGGGAAGGGAGUCAGAGAGUCAAGGGCAGGGAGUGGAAGAACAGACAAAAACCUCCUGAGGAAGGAGAGAUAGUCAUCAAUAGAGAGAGAGAGAGGAGGGGAAGUUCCCCCUCUCUCGACCCAACUCGUUGUCAGGCUGGCUGACACAGCCAUGGCGUUCACCUUCGCGGCCUUCUGCUACAUGCUCACCUUAGUGCUGUGUGCCGCACUCAUCUUCUUCGUCAUCUGGCAGAUUAUUGCGUUUGAUGAGCUGUGCACAGACUUCAAGAACCCAAUCGAUCAGAGCAACCCCACCAGAGCGAGGGAAAGAAUUCUGAAUAUUGAAAGAAUAUGCAACUUGCUGCGGAAGCUGGUGGUGCCAGAGUACUCCAUACAUGGGCUGUUCUGCCUGAUGUUCAUGUGUGCUGGGGAGUGGGUCACCCUGGGCCUAAACAUCCCCCUGCUCUUCUACCAUCUCUGGAGGUAUUUCCAUCGGCCGGCAGAUGGGUCAGAGGUAAUGUAUGACCCUGUCAGUGUGAUGAAUGCAGACAUCCUGAACUACUGUCAGAAGGAGUCCUGGUGUAAGCUGGGCUUCUACCUGCUCUCCUUCUUCUACUACCUGUACAGUAUGGUCUACGCCUUGGUGAGUUUCUAAACACAGAAUAGAAGACAAAGCGACAAAGAGGAGAUUGAAAGACCGUAAAAGAGACAGAGCAUGCAAGACUAAGACUGGGUGAUGUCACUCACCCUUCUUUCUCACCACCCAUUACUCCAUCACAGACCCUGUUUUGCUCUCCUCAAAUCUUUGGAUGGAGGGACAAACAUCGGAGGACAUCGUGAGGAAAUUAGGCAAAGUAAAGAGACUUUUUUGAGGCUGCUCAGACACUGCCGAGACAUAGAAGAGGAGGCGCAGACAGUGAGGAGGAAUGACAUAAUGAAGAGAAAGAGAGAACACAUCUUAGCCUGUGUACGGGAUGCCUUGAUCUGACCACAUCACGUCUUAAGGGCUGUGGGUCUGCUAUUCUUAGUGAUACUGUCACUCAACUGUGAAUUUAUAACGUUUGUGUUGCCUAAGUCCUAGCGUAGAUGUUGCGAAUUCAUACAUCAAUAUCCUUCCAUUCCAAUAAACCUCACCAUUUUAGAAAAUAAACAUGUAUUUAGUUAUUCUACUAAUUUGGUUAUUAUUAAUUAUUUCAAUAAUUCAGUACUUGUGGUAAAUCUUAUUCCGAGGAUAUGAAUAGUUAGUUGUUUAAGCAAAUAAAUACACAGUUCAAUGCUA